GAAGCAACUGAGGUCUGAGGUAAGAGAAGAGAAGAGAAGAGAAAUGAAGGUAGCUCCCAUGGUAGUGUUGAUGUUCAGAGACACAGAGGGCUUCGCCUCCGCUAUCUCUGAAGCUCUCCACCCUGACCCUUCUUCCUCCUUUACCCGCCUAGAAGACUCCUUUGAUCUUUCCUUGGAGGGUUAUGGAAUCAAGCACAUCAAAGCAUCUGCCACCGUUUCUCACUUCGUCGAUAAUCAGGGCACUUAUAAGGUGUCAAUUGUGGUUAUGCAACAUUAUGAGCCACCAGUACUAGCUUGUGCUCUUAAUGAGGUCCUUAAUAAUAUUGCUGGAGAUAAAUCAUCCUUGAUGCCAACUCUUUUGGUACCAUUUUUGGUGGAAUCAUCCAAGGUUAAAGGGCAGAGUAAAUCCCUAAGAUCAGAUGAAAGCAAACCUUUAAUUUUUGGCAUUCGGAUCGGUGAAAAUACAGACAUAAUGCAGGCCUUACUCAACAAAACCCACGAGCCACCGCCUUCGUUGCAGAUUCAGCUUGAAACUUUUGCAUGUUUUCUUCACUUUGUUCGAGUAAUGAAGUUACCAACCUUUUUUCUAAUUGGACAAACUAGUCAAUAUAUGGAAAACAACUCCACUAAACCGCAUGAGGUAAUUCAUGUAAUAGGUGAGAUUUUGGCUAGCACUACAGGUCUGCAGUUUUCAAAAGAAAGGGUGGUGUGGAAUCCCAAAAAGACCUCAGGGGAAAGCAAGGAGCCGUGGCGCGCAUUAUAUGGUUGAAUCACGAGUUAUUUACAUGCUAACAUGGAACCGGUAUUUUCAUGGAUCUGAUUCUCAGAACCAUUGGUGUUUGUGCAUGAAUUGUUUCCUUAAACAUUAUUAUAACCCCCACCUAUUUUCUCUAUACUUCCUUGAAGUAUCUAUUGAGAUAUCAAGUCCCAUGGUGGGUCAAUAACAAAUUAAAGGCUAUAUAAACAAGAAAGUUUCAAUUUAAAAUUGCCUAAAACGUUUUGUACAAAGGAGACCACUCAAACUUUUGCUCAAGUUCUCUCCAUCAAUAUUGGAUCUGGCUCAUAUUUUAAUAUCCCAGUAGUAUCUUAGUAUCUUGCAAUUUGUGUGUUAGUGGGAUGAAUGCUGCCAUAGCAUGUAACUGCAUGUCCUUUGUAUACUUGUGGGUUUUAUUUGCAUUUACCUGUCCAAAGGCUUAGCUUCGUAGGUUUAACCAAGUCAUCCACCACAUUGUAUACUACUCACCAGUGUCUUGACUCCUCUACAACUGUUGAUGGUAUAUAAAGAUGAGGAUAGCGAGUUUUUGAAUUGUGCUUCUGCAAUUGAAACACUUCAACGAUGAAACUAGUUUAUAAUGUCUAUGUUUUAGUAAUGCGAGGUCCUCCAAAAAAAUAUUCUAUUGUAAUUAUGAGUGCUUAGUAUUAUUUGGAGUGUCUU